AUGCUUUCAUUACAACCAAAAAUUCCAGAGGUUGGUAGUGAAUUUUCAACAGCAGAAAGCUUCAAGGAAGCUGCUCAACAGGGUGCUAAAGCAGCAGGUUUUGCCUUUAGUGUGUCAUCAUCAAAACUGUCAUGCAGUGAAAAAGAAACGAAAAAAAAAAUUAAAUCUAUCAAAUGCCAAAACUGCCCUGUUACUUUGUAUGCUGUUUUGAAUGAGAAUGCUGGAAUUUGGGUAGUGCGAUCUUAUAAAAAGCAGCAUAACUAUGAGCUUCUCCCUCCAUUACAAGUUUAUUAUCUUUAUCAACAUCAGCAGCUUAAUGCAGAACAAAAAAAGCUAGUUCAUAUAAUGCUUAAAAGUGGAGCAUUACUUCUUCAAAAAUUAGAAAAACGCAAUUAUAUACUUCGCCAUCUAUUAUCAAAAGACGGUUAUAUGAGAAAUCUGUUUUUUACUCAUAUUGAAGCUGCAUCUCAUACUGCUGUAUGUCCGGAAGAGCUUAUAGUAAAUGCAAACUAUAAAACAAAUCUAUACAAACUCCCUCUCAUUAAUGCUGUUGGUGUUAGUAAUAUUGGUAAUGCAAAAUCUCUAAACAUGUAUCAAAUUGCAAUAGCAUGGGUAGAAAAUGAAAAGAAAUAUACUUACGAAUGGUUUCUAAAUACUUUAAAGGAUGUAAUCUAUGAUGCAUAUUUUUGCUCUCCGGAAGUAUUGUUUCAGAUAGACUACGAUAAAUUAUUGUUGUUAGUUCAAAAAAUAGCCUAUGCUGAGGAGAUGAAUAUAGUCGAAGAAGCAUUUGAUGAG